AAGAAGCUUCUUUAAAUGUUGGAAAUAGAACCAUGGAGGUUUGUUCUGUUGGCCUCAAUGGAGGAUUUAUGUUGGAGAUGAAAUGUUGUCGUGUCUCAAACUAACCUUCAUGUCUCUUUAGUUCUGCUCUCACUGAUGAGCUGCAGAACAAACCAGGUGAAGCUGAACCUGAGUCCAAACAGAUCUCAGUUUUUUAAGAGAUUCUGUUUCUCUGAGCUGUGAGGAUGAAGACAGAUCUGCUGGAUGGACUCUGAGGAGAAACACCACCAGAAGAACCAGAACUCAGUGUGGAGAUGGAUGGGGAAAAGGAUCUGGUUCUAGCUGUACCAUGACCUACAUGGUUCCACAGGACAGUGGAGUUUACUGGUGUGAGUCCAUGGAGGCAGCAGCCAGUCAGAGCAUCAACCUCACUGUUUCUGGUGGAUCAGUGAUCCUGCAGAGUCCUGUCCUCCCUGUGAUGGAGGGAGAUCCCCUCACUCUGAGCUGUCAAUCAAAGCAGGACUCCCCCCUCCCAGCUGCUUUCUAUAAAGAUGGCUCCCUCAUCAGGACUGAGCCCGGAGGUCACAUGACCAUCCUCCAUGUUUCCAGGUCUGAUGAAGGCCUCUACAGGUGUAACAUCAGCAGUCAUGGAGAGUCUCCAUCCAGCUGGAUCUCUGUCACAGUUCUGCUCUCACUGAUGAGCUGCAGAACAAACCAGGUGAAGCUGAACCUGAGUCCCAACAGAUCUCAGUUCUUUAAAGACAAGUCUGUGACUCUGAGCUGUGAGGAUGAAGACAGAUCUGCUGGAUGGACUCUGAGGAGAAACACCACCAGGAGAACCAGAACUCAGUGUGGAGAUGGAUGGGGAAGACCAUCUGGUUCUCGCUGUACCAUCGGCUACAUGGUUCCAGGUGACAGUGGAGUUUACUGGUGUGAGUCCAUGGAGGCAGCAGCCAGUCAGAGCAUCAACCUCACUGUUUCUGGUGGAUCAGUGAUCCUGCAGAGUCCUGUCCUCCCUGUGAUGGAGGGAGAUCCCCUCACUCUGAGCUGUCAAUCAAAGCAGGACUCCCCCCUCCCAGCUGCUUUCUAUAAAGAUGGCUCCCUCAUCAGGACUGAGCCCGGAGGUCACAUGACCAUCCUCCAUGUUUCCAGGUCUGAUGAAGGCCUCUACAGGUGUAGCAUCAGCAGUCAUGGAGAGUCUCCAUCCAGCUGGAUCUCUGUCACAGGUCAGGAUUCUUCUACUGAAAGAGACACACAACAUGAGGAGAGACACACAACAUGAGGAGAGACACACAACAUGAGGAGAGACACACAACAUGAGGAGAGACACACAACAUGAGGAGAGACACACAACAAUCAACUAAGAAGAGACACAAAAUGACUGAAAAUGAACAUGAAAUGAGCAGAAAGAGUCACCUGACCAGAUUCUCUUCUCUCUACAGGUAAACCUAUAACCUCAUCUCCGCCUCCGUCAUCAGCCCCACCUACAACCUCAGCCCUGUCUCCUUCCUCAGCUCCACCCCCUCCCUCAGCUCCGCCCCCUGUCUCCUCCUCCCUCCAUCUUGUCUUCAGGCUGCUCUGCCACCUGGUGGUGUUCUGUCCAUACUUCAUCUCUACUGUCCGCGUGGUGUCUUUGUAUCGACACAGAGCUACAGGAAAUGAUCUUCCUGUUUCCAUGGUGACGGCCCCGCCCACACAGGCUGAGCAGGGAUUGGAUGAUGACUAUGAUGACAUCAUCACUGCUGUGACCACGGAGCAUCAGUUCUGAGCUGAACUCAGGAUCCUCCAAUCAGAAAAUGGUUUCAUUUUAACAACUCAUGUAAUUGUGUUGUUUCCUGUCUUUGUGUUCAUUUUGUAUCAUUGCUGGUGUUUUUAUUUCUGUUUAUUUUGUAUCUUUGUGUUACUUUUGCAUAUUUUUGUGUUAAUUAAAAGAAAAAAAACUAAAAACUAUACUAAAAAAACUAAAAUAUGUGCCAAAGAACAAAAAAAUGGCCUAAAAUUACUCCACAUGCAACACAAAUGACUUAAAUGUGUAAAAAUAUCUGAAGAUUUGUCAAAUUAUUCCAUUAAAUGCCUCCAGAAAACAAGGUGACUCAGUAUUUGUUCAGUGUGACUCAGAAAUUACCAGCAGGUGGCAGGAGAGAGUUUCUGGUUCAACACUGAGACUGGAUUCACUGUUUCCUCAUCACUGAUGUUAGAGCAGAAA